AUGCCGAAGAUUAUUGCUGCACAGGACAAGCACGGCCGCACAGCUUGGUAUUGCGCCACGCGAGUCGACGACUUAGAAGGGUUGGGAGUGAGCGAGCGUAGUAUGCAGGCCGCGGAAGAAAGUGGCAACACAGACACUGUGAAGGUGCUGAAGGAGAAGAAACCCAUCACCACCCUGAAGCCGUACAAGGAGUGGAAGGUGGAUCUUCCUCCAAAGCCCCAAACCUUAGUGGAUCCCGUGGCGGUGGUGGCCAAGAAGAAGGCUGCCAAGGCCGCGGAACGGGCUGAGAAGAAGAAGAUGAAGAAGCUCACCGUGGCGGUGGAGGAGGAGCCUUCCAUAGAUCACUUCGUCAUUGUGUCACCCAAACGCAGUGAUGAUGAGCUGCGACACCUGUCCGAAGAGUUGUCGCAGGCUGACACUGAAGUGGUGGCAGUGCUGCAGGACAACCUCCAGGAGGAGCAGUCGACAGAGGAUCUUGUUAAGGAUGCGGAGUCCUUGCUCAAAGAGGUCUAUGAGGCCGUCAUGGCGAAGCAAACUCAGGAGGGCUUUGUCAGCCUUUCACUUCUUUUUGUCUGGACUUGGCUUGGAAGUUGUUUUUGCAAUCUUGUACUGCCUGCCAGCCAAUUUCAAGACAUCAUUGAUGACGUUGGAGUCACCAGCAUGAUAUACAAGGGCAGCCCAGGGCAUUCUCUGUCAUUGGUGUCUGGUGAUCGACGUGGGAAGAUCUUGAAGGACUUGUGCAGGAAGGAGCUUGCAAAGAUGCAUCCCAACAGCAGGAUCCAAGAUGCGGUACGGGGAGCUCGUUGCAACGGCCAGCAGAGGGGUGCCCAUCAAGCUGAGUAUGAUUUCAGCAUCGGCAAGAAGAGGAUCGAGUGCAAGAGUUCCUUUAUGAAAUGGAGCGCGCGCAGUCAAGAGUGGCAAGUUGUCUUCUACAUGGUCAAACUGCCCUGGGCGGGUAUCAGGGACCAGGCAUCAUUUGAUGAUCUAUACUUGAUCCUAGUUACCCCAGACCAUGUGGACAUCAUCAAGCAUGACUUGGAGAUGUUUCUUUUUAAGCAUGCUACAAGCAGCAGCUACCGGGUACACAUUGCAGGGUCAAGGAAGCAGGAGUGUUGGAAAAUUGCUUAUGAGCAGAUCUUGGAGAAGCUGUUGGGUAGAGAAAGCCGCUGUUCGCUCGUAGCUCAGGUGGACUUGUCAAAUCCUCAAGUUCAGUCCUGGAUUUCUAAAAGCUUGAGGACAGCUUCCACACCGCAGGAUGAUGCUUACAAUAGAAUCCCAUUGAGCGGCAUGACUUCGGCCUUGCGAGGCCUGCGGAUCCGGCGAAUUGCGCAAAGAUUUGAUGCGAUUCUUCAUCCAGAUAGUACCUUUUUGGCAGGAGGUUCAGCAAUGGACUGGGUCCGAGAUGGUUUGAGAGUUCAGGCAGCUUUGGAAGCAAUCAUGCAGAAGAUGAAGGACAAAGGAUUCCAUUUGUUCGCCGAGGAUGAGCAAUCCUGCUAUGCGAUUCUGGGCGUGGAUCCCGCUGCCACUUCCUCGGAAAUCCGGCAGGCCUACCGCAAGUUGGCCUUAGCUAAGCACCCUGACCGCGGGGGCGAUCCAGCAGAGUUCGCCCAGGUGACCAAGGCCUACGAGGUGCUGUCUGACAGCAAAGCACGAGCCAAGUACGAUGCCACAGGGAGGACGUCCAAGCUCACGGCUGAGGAGGAGUUCAUAGAGGCCUUCCGCAGCUCCACUGCCGCCAACGCGGACGCGGAGUCCCGCCCCGCGGAGCCGCGCCGCGCCGCGCCGGAGCCGGAGUCAGCACCGCGGCGCUUCGCGUGGGAGCGCGGAAAUCGCAGUGAGCAGCAGAAUGGACAGAGGCGGAGUGGAGGUGUGCACAGCUUUUCUGCAAAUGUCGGAUCUUCCCGGCCAUCAUCGACCCCCGACUCAGCUGCCGGCUACAUCCGCCCCGACAACUUGGCGGGUGCCGUCCAGGAAGCCGCUGGGGGGCUGGAGGUGGGCGCGCGCGUGCGCAUCGUGGGGCUCCAGAAGCAGCAGCAUCUGAACUCAGCCAUGGGCGUCCUGGUGAAGUUCCAUGGGGACCGGUGGCAGGUGCGUUUGGAGGGCGACCUCGGGGACAAGCUCUUCCGCGCUCAGAACCUGAUGCCGGCCUCCCGCAACGGUCCCUCCGCAGCCAGGGCCGCCGGCAGCAACGGCUUCCGGCCCGAGCCGAGGGCGCAGGAGGCGGCGCCAGGACAUGCCAACGGCGUGGCGAGCACCAAUGGCACCCACGAAAGGAAUGGCACCACUGGUGGCCCAGAAAAGCGCGGCUUCAUGCGACCGCCUGCAGAUUACCUGCGCGCAGAUUCAUCAACGAUUGAGAUCUGCGGCAGCUGGAACAACUGGCGGCCGCAGCCCAUGAUUUUGGAACGCCAGCGUCGGUGUCACAAAUUCCAGGUGGUGCUCCCCUCAAGCGCGCCGGAGAGCUUCCAGCUCUUCGUAGCGGGCGACGGCCCGGGGCGCUGCCUGCACCCCGACCGGCCCGAGGCGUCGGUGCAGGAGUUCCACCGCCUGGUGGGGCCGGAUGACAACAGCCAGGGCCAUGGCUGGAGCAUUGGGAAGCACCCGGAGGACCACGCCGCCAUGGGCGCGCGGUAUGAGGUGAUGCUGAUCUUCGCAGCCAAUGGGCGCCCGGAUCGCCUCGACUGGGUGCGGCUGAACCCGCGCAGCGAGGCGCCGAAAACCACGCCUGCGAAAGCCAAGGCGAGGCCGGCGCCCUACGGUGGCCUCAGCAUGGGAGGCUUCCUACAAGCGGCCAAGCCCGAGUGGACGCAGAAAGAUAUCACCUCGGUCUUGGAGAGGUUGGGCAAGAUCACUGUGACGGACAUGAGCAGUUUGCUUCGUACCCUGCAGUCUGAGGGCUCCGCGGGGGUGAACCAAAGGUUCAAGGCUGUUGGGGAGAAGAGCUUCACAGAUUCAACUGUCAGGGCCUUGCGAGAGCACGCGAAGAAAGUUGCUGCACUUGAAGCCGAACGUUUGAACCCCAAGCCCAAGCCGAAAGCGGCGCCGCCAGCCAAUCCACUCGCGCCCUUGCCCACGCAGGAGUACAAGGUGGUGCACGACUUUGUGUAUUUGCGGCAAGAGCCAUCCCUGCACGCGCCCAUCCUGGGCAAACGUCAGCGUGGCGACACCUUCCACGCCUCCGAAGAGACCUGGGAUGGCUGGGUGAAACUGCAUGGGCAGCCUGGCUACAUCAUCAAGGACAUGGGUGGCCUCUCAGGCAUCGGCAAGGUGCUGAGUCAGCUGGGCCGCGCCCUGCCCUUGGUGCUGCCGGAGCCGCAGGGCUCGCCGGAGCCGUUGACCUUUGAGGUGGUCUACCAGCCCUUUGUGGCGGUGAGAACGGGACCCUCCAAGACGCGACCCAUACAGGGCACCCGCAAGUUUGGUGAACGGCUCCGCGCUGAGAGUCAGGGCUACGGCGGCUGGGUGCGCGUGGUACAGGAGGAUGGAGGCGGUUGGAUGUUAACCUUGGAUGAUGAGCUGGGCCAGCUUUUGGCCUGCAAAACCGUGGACGAGCGAAGGAAACAGGUGUCUGCCCUGCGCCAUGCCAACCGCAACAACGUGGCGCAGCUGACAGAAGCGAUUGCUGGAGCUCGCAGGUGGGCGGAGAUCGUUGAUCCACGAACAAGCCGACCUAAUAAGAGGUAG